UUAUUAUUUCGUUUGAGUAAUCUUGAUUUUUAAAUUGUGGGUUUUUGUUUUUGAUGAGUAAAGAUCUCAUCUUGAUCUUGAAUAAUGUAGUUGGUUGUAGAAAAAUCUGAAAAAAGUGUAGAAUUUGACUUCUUACUUGUUUUCAACUUCAGUUAUGACAUGAACUAUUCAAUUUUAAUCCAAAUUUGAUUAGUUUUUCUGUCAUUAUAGAAAAUGUGUAUUAAAUUUAUAUAUUGUAAGUAAUUGGGUUGUCUGCAGAGGUCAAAACAUGCCUUUAUGCAUUUUUAGUUAAUGGUAGAACAGCUUGAUUCAAUCCAAGUUCAUAUCUUGAUUGUUUCCAAUCUACAAAAUUAUUUGAUUUGAUAUCCAUUCAUGGGUUUUUGUAAUCAUCGGUCAAGAUCUCAUUUUGAUCUUUAAAAUCUAUGCAAGUUCUUGUUUGAAAGUGAUUAUGUGAUAUUGACAUAGUUGUUAAAUGCCAUCGCCUCUUGCGCCUAGGCCCAAUUUCCUAGCAAGGCGAGGCAAUGGUGCCUUAAGUCGAGGCAAUUGCGCUUUAAUUCUCCAGUUGCAGAUGUGAUUCUAUGGAGGGAUAAAAAUGUUACAAUGGCAAUUUUGAUAAUAACUUUGGCUUCGUGGGUGAUGUUCGAAAGAUCGGAUUACACGUUGUUAUCAUAUGUCUCCAAUGUUCUCUUACUCCUGCUUACAAUUCUUUUCCUAUGGGCCAAAUCAGCACAAAUUCUCAACAGACCUACACCACCAAUACCACACUUGCAGCUUUCAGAAGAAACCAUAAAUGAGUUUGCAACUAUAAUUCGUGACCGAACAAACACGUUUCUAUCUGUAUCCCAUGAUAUUGCACUUGGUAAAGACCCAAAAAUGUUUGUUAAAGUAGCUGCAUAUCUGGUUCUAAUUUCGGUUAUCGGAAGCCUAACUGAUUUCCGUACAUUAUGCUACACAAGCAUUAUUGUGGCUCUUACGGUUCCGGUGGCAUAUGAGAGAUAUGAAGCAUAUGUUGAUUCAAGUUUAAUCAAGGGAAAUGUGAAGUUGAAGAAGUUGUAUAUAAGAUUUGAUGAGAAAUUUAUAAAGAAAGUUAAGAAUUAUAUUUUGGAGAAGAAUAAACUCAGUUGAACUAUUAUUCUUUAGCUUCUUUUUGGUUUUCAUUUGUAAGGGGCUUUUUUUGUGUGAUGGAGGUUUUGGUGUUAUGGAAUGAAUAUAAGUUGAGAAAUGAAAGAUGGAAUUUUUGAUUUGAAA